CCCACCAGGCCAGAGGACAUAUCCCUGGUAGCGACUGGCAACUUGACUUUACCCACAUGCCCCCAGUCAAGAAAUUCAAAUUCCUCCUAGUCUUACUGGACACGUUCUCUGGGUGGGUCGAAGCUUUCCCCACCACCAACAAGCAAGCCACUACAGUCGCCUCACUCCUCCUCACCGAAAUUAUCCCACAGUUUGGAAUACCCUCCUCCUUCCAGUCAGACAAUGGCCCAGAAUUUGUCUCCCAGAUCUCACAACACAUUGCGACAGCCCUAAACAUCCCCUGGCACUUCCAUAUUCCCUAUCAUCCUCAAUCUUCAGGCAAGGUAGAGCAUACUAACCGCUCCCUUAAAGAAACUCUCACUAAACUCUCUCUCGAACUACAUCUAGACUGGACUAAACUUUUACCCUUAGGCCUCUUUAAGCUGCGAGCACUCCCAAAAAAAACCCUCUCUAAUCUCCCCUUUCGAGAUCAUGUACGGCCGCCCUCCUCUUCCUCCAGGUAUCACCCCAUCUUCCAGUCCUCUCCCCUCCGACAUUCACCUUCCCCUCCUUACCUUUAUCUGGUCACAAUUAUGGAAGCAGCAAGAUCUCAUACUCCCGGAUACGUCCAACCCUCACCCCCCCUUCCCUCUAUCCCCAGGCCAAUGGGUUUACUAUUGUCUCCCCCAGCCUUCCCACACCCCUCAACUAACUCCAAAAUGGACGGGGCCUCUCCAGGUUGAAACCAGCCGCAGGUCCAGACAGCCCAAGAACCAGGACCUCCGCCUCACACUACGUCUCUACCCCUAUACCUAACCAACCCUUAAAAAUCCGCAUUUCCAAGCAUCUCUGGCGACAUCUCUCAAGCCGCCGAAGACCUCCUCCAGCAGCUAGACUCCUCCUCCGUUUCCAUCUCAGUACAGCAGUCCUGGCUCUUACUUCUACAGGAAGGAAUCCAACUGUUAAACGCCUCUAAUAUCUCUCCCUCCAACUGCUUCCUAUGUGCCAGCCUCAAUAAACUACCACUUAUUGCUGUUCUUGUCACCCUCCCAAACACUACCAACACUUCUGAUCAUUCACCACCCCCCAACACCCCCUUAAUAUCCGGUGUUCCCCUCUUCAAUACGUCCCAGGCCGUUACCUGCUACACAGACUCCUCUGAAUCCUUUUCCUUCUGCAAUACCUCCACCUCCUACCCUAACUCUUCCGCCCCCAAUGGAUACUUCUUCUGGUGUAACCACACUCUUUACAAAACAAUCAAUUCCUCCAUCAAUACCACCUGCUUCCCCAUCACACUUCUGCCACAACUUACCCUCCUCUCCCUUUCUGAAGGGACCACCGCCUUCAACCUUAACCACCCUCCCAUAAAUCAGGCCCUAAGAAGAAGAUGGGCUGUCUUUAUACCUGCCAUCCUUGGCCUCUCCCUUGCAACCUCCCUUCUAGGCUCCGCUCUAGGGGCCACCUCCCUCGGAUACGGAGUCUCGCAGGUUAAUGAAUUAAAGAUACACCUAGAAUCCACUAUUGAACAAACUGCGCAGUCACUAGCCGCCCUGCAACGACAAAUCACCUCUUUAGCCAGAGUAGUCCUCCAAAACCGCAGAGCCCUAGACCUCCUGACAGCUGAAAAAGGAGGCACAUGCGUUUUCCUCCAAGAAAGCUGUUGUUACUUUAUUAAUGAGUCCCAGGUUGUUGAGACUAACAUAAAAAAUCUUAAUGACAUAAGAGAAAAACUCCUCGAAACGAAUACAGGCUUCUCACUUUGGGACACUCUAAAAAUGCCUCUUUUAGCUUGGGUCCUAUCAUUUCUUGGACCCCUCCUAGGAAUAGCGGCCUUUUGCACCCUCCUCCCCUGCCUAAUAAAGUUCAUGCAACAACGAAUCUCCUCCUUAUCUAACCAGACUUUUAACCAGCUUCUCAUCAGGCACUACCAACUCCUAGCAACCGAAGAAGAUGACCAGGACUCACCUACCCAUGGCCUCUGCCUCCAGGACCUGUAAUUUCUUAGAUUUCCUCCAGGCCUUCCAAGAAGAUACGUGGCUCAUAGCAGAUCCCUCCCUGCCAUAUGGAUGGCUUGCGUCCAUAGAUGACCUCUACUUACAAGGGACAUCUUUAGACUUCACACCCCGGGAAGUGUUCACCUUCAGCGCUGUCUUCCUUGGCCUCCUGCUAUUGCUCUGCCCCUACAGUCCUCCAAUAUCCCUUCCCAAGAUGCCCCCGUUCAGCAGGAAGUAGCCAGAUGAACAGCGACGCCCACCUCCCCACUUCUUAAAAAACAAAAAAGGGAGGAAUGUUAGGUAACUAGAGCAUGCUAAUGGCACUGAUUCCGGGUUCUUCUUCCUCAAUGCAAGCCCGCCAAAGGAAAAACCAAUCAGAGAGAGGUGUUUUUUCCUGCCUUGCUCUAAGCCCCACCCCAACCAAUCACAAACAUCCACGCAGCCCUCCUGGGCAUAAAAGAAGUAAACUCCCCACCGCUCUCUGUCUCCUGCCCAGCCCAGCCUGCUGCCUCCAAUAAAGAUCUCUUGGCCGAGCCAGUGUGCCGUGGUCUUAAGUCUGAGCGUCACUCUUUCAGACCCCUGCUAUUCCCAGUGAUGCUGCGAACUGGGGUUCAAAGUGGGGUGGUCUGGUGAGGC